UUUGUCCUGCCGCCAGGUGGGAAGGCGCGGGAGUGCGCUUGCGCUUGGCAGAGGGGGCGGCGCUAGUAGGCAUGGCGGUGGUGGUGGCAGCCGCGAGGAAAGCGCUGCUGGCUCGUGCCUGGGGGCGCCCCGGGCAGAGGAGCCUGGUGGCACGCGGGCCGGACGAGGAAGUGGAGCGGGCGCAGUGCGCGGCCGAGCAGCCCGGCCCCACCGUCUUCAGCCGGAUCCUGGACGGUUCCAUCGCGGCGCACUUGCUCUAUGAGGACGACCAGUGCAUGGCCUUUCGGGACGUGUCGCCGCAAGCUCCGGUGCACUUCCUGGUGAUCCCGCGCCGCCCCCUCGCGCGCCUCAGCCGGGUGGCCGCGAGCGACGCCCAGCUCCUGGGACACUUGCUGGUGGUGGCCAGCCAGACAGCCAAGGCAGAGGGCCUCUCGGAUGGCUAUCGAGUGGUCAUCAACGAGGGCAAGCAUGGGGCGCAGUCCGUCUAUCAUCUCCACCUCCACGUGCUGGGGGGGCGCCAGAUGGGCUGGCCACCCGGCUGAGUAAAGCUGCCCUGGACAGAAGCUGUUCUCAAUAAAGGCCUGCGCUGGACGGGCUGCAGGGA